AUGGACAAAUCCAAAGAACAAGAAAUGGCAAAAUUCAAAAAGUUUCUUCCUUGGAGGACACGCAUUUCAAUAUCUUUUCUGUCAUCGCUUUCCGACGCCGUGCGCCGCUCUAACGGCACCGUUAAUCGCCGGCUCAUGAACUUCCUCGAUGUCAAAACCCAAGCUAACGCCACCCCCUUCAACGGCGUUACCACCAAAGACGUCAUCGUCAACGCCCACAGCAAACUCUGGUUCCGAGUCUUCGCUCCCACAGUCCCUGCCGCCGCCGGCAACCUCCCCGUCAUCGUCUUCUUCCACGGUGGCGGCUUCGCGUUCCUCUCGCCGGACUCCCUCCCCUACGACGCCGUCUGCCGCCGAUUAUGCCUCCGCGUCCCCGCCGUCAUUGUCUCCGUCAACUAUCGCCUCACCCCGGAGCACCGCUUCCCGUCACAGUACGAUGACGGCGAGCACAUCCUCCACUUUCUCGACGAGAAUCGCAUGGUGCUGCCGGAAAACUCUGACUUGUCAAAGUGCUUCCUUGUCGGCGACAGCGCCGGCGCCAAUUUGGCUCACAAUGUCGCAGUUCGGGUCGGGAAGGUGGGGAUCCGGGAACCCGGGGUCAGGAAUUCGGGGCUUCGUAGAAUCCGGGUCAUCGGGUUGGUGUCAAUCCAGCCGUGGUUCGGCGGGGAGGAACGGACGGCGGCAGAGUUGAGGUUUGAUGGUGCGCCGCUGGUGUCGAUGGAGAGAACGGACUGGCUGUGGAAGGUAUUUCUGCCGGACGGGUCGGAUCGCGACCACGGAGCAUCGAACGUGAGUGGGCCAAAUUCGGAGGAUUUAUCGGGUUUGGAUUACCCGGAUACCCUUGUGUUUGUGGGUGGGUUUGACCCGUUACAAGAUUGGCAAAGGAGGUAUUAUGAAUGGUUAAAAAGAUCGGCGUAUGAUUAA